AAUCUAUAAGAAUCUCAGCCUAAAAAAAUAGAGAACCUCUAUGCACUGUGCCAUUGCUUUACUCUCAUAUUUGCAUAUAUAUGACACAUGAACUCCCCAAAAAAGCCACUCCUAAAUUUAGUACAUAAAGGAUAUCCCCCACUAGCCACUCCUCCAAAAACUUGUGCACCAAAAAUGAAGAAGCAAUCCUUACAAGAAUCCAUCAAUUUCCCGGGAAAACCAUCCCAAUUUGCGGCUGAAUGCUGGUUUGAUGAUGCAUGUAUCCUUGAUAUGGACUACUUUGUCAAAACCCUUUCAGGCAUUAAGGCCAAGGGUGUUCAUCCUGACCUAAUUGGUUCCAUAAUCACUCACUAUGCUUCCAAAUGGCUACCAGAUCUAUCCGGUGGUGACUUUAACGUCAAUGUGGCCGAGAAGAGCCUAACAAACGGUAAUGAAUCCCCAGAAAGCAUCACUGCUUCAUGGAUGAAGAAGAGGUUCUUUGUGGAAACCCUAGUGGGAGUUCUCCCUCCUGACAAGGAUUCCAUCCCAUGCAACUUCCUCCUACGCCUCCUUCGGACUGCCAACAUGGUUAAUGUUGAGCCUAGCUAUCGAAAUGAGCUUGAGAAACGCAUAUCAUGGCAACUUGACCAAGCUUCUUUGAAGGAGAUAAUGAUACCAUCGUUUAGUCACACUUGUGGGACUCUGCUAGAUGUUGAGCUUGUUAUUAGGUUGGUGAAGAGGUUUGUGAGUUUGGAUGAGGCUGCUAAAAGUGGUGCUGCAUUGAUUAAGGUGGCUAAGCUUGUGGAUUGUUAUCUUGCUGAGGCAGCUUUGGAUUCCAAUUUGAGCAUGUCGGAAUUUGUUGCACUUGCCGGAGCUCUCCCUAGCCAUGCUCGUGCCACAGAUGAUGGAUUAUACCGAGCCGUUGAUACUUAUCUCAAAGCACAUCCCAGCACAUCAAAGCAAGAAAGAAAGAAUCUCUGCAGACUAAUUGACAGUCGAAAACUCUCACCAGAGGCAUCUCUCCACGCAGCCCAAAACGAACGCUUGCCCGUCCGAGCUGUAAUCCAAGUGAUCUUCUCCGAGCAAAGCAAGCUUAGUCGCCCAAUGGAUUGGAGUGGCUCUUUCAGUGGCACUAGGAGUCCAAAUCCGGGGCUUGAAGCCCCGACUCGAUGUCAUUCCAAGCGUGAAAUGAUGUCUCAACAAAUGGAGAUACGGAAGUUGAAGGACGAUGUUCUUAGGCUUCAAUGCCAUUGCAACUCCAUGCAAGUACAAAUAGAGAGGCUUCUGGAAAAGAAGAAGGGAACUUUCAAGUGGAAGAUGUUUGGAAUGCCUUCAUUCAAGAGUGUGAGUGUGGUUGAGACAACUGAGGAGGGUCAUGAGGAGGAGGUUGGGUUUGGGAGGCAAACACCUAUGGAUAUGAAAACCAAGCUUGUGAAAAGGAGGAAUCAUUCCAAGUGGAGGAAAUCCAUGUCUUGAAAAUAAAGGAAGCUUGGGAGUUGACUAGUUUAAUUAUGUUGCAUGUUUAUUUUCUUACUUUUUGGCCAUAAUGAGACUGGAAAAUAAAAUUGCUCUUUGUAAUAUGAGAAGGUCUAGGUAAAAACUUUGUCUUAGAUGUGCUCGACGCUCAGUGUAAUACUCACCAUCGAUUACUUCAAUAAAUUAUGACAAAUGGUGUAGCCUUAGAAGAAUUAUUUUAAAAUUGAUCUAUGUAAUAUUUUGGAUGCUAUUAAAUAAAAAAACUAAUGCCAAGUCAAUGCUCA